AAAACUUUCCCGCCGCUUGCGAGCCAUGUUCCCAGUUUUUAUCAAACACUUUCCCGCCGCCUUCAGAACCCGUUGCUCAAGCUCAAUCCAUUCUCUCCACUUCUCUUCGUCCUCUGAUCAUCUCAACCUCGCUGCACUUCUACAAGGCCGCACUCCGCCCUCGCAUGUCCUCCAAAUCCACGCCAGAGUCCUACGCCAGCACGCCCAUCAGGACAACUUGAUCGCCACUCGCCUCAUUGGCCAUUACCCAUCUAGCGCGGCUCUUCGCGUCUUUGAUCAGCUUCAAAAUCCAAACUUGUUUCCAUUCAAUGCCAUAAUCAGAGUCCUAGCACAGGAAGGUCGUUCCUUGGAUUCUUUCCUUGUGUUCCGAAGAUUGAUAUCAGUUCACCGGCUUCCCCCCAACGACCUCACUUUUUCUUUCAUUUUGAAGGCGUGUUUUGUUUCAAAGAACUCAUUUUUGGUGAACCAGAUUCAUACCCAUGUCGUGAAAAGUAGAUUCUUGACCGACCCUUUUGUUUGCAAUGCUCUAAUUGCUGCGUAUGGGAAGGGAGUCGACGAUGUAGGAUCUGCGCGCAAGGUGUUUGAUGAUAUGCCUGGUAAGAGUGUGGUUUGUUGUUGGACUUCUUUGAUCUCGAGUUAUGUACAGGUGGGUUGUUCGGAGGAAGUUAUGAGGCUGUUCUAUUCCAUGGUUGAGGAGAAUGUGAAGCCCGAAAGUGAUACGCUAGUUAGUGUUCUGUCAGCAUGUUCUGAACUUGAAAUUGACCAGAUUGAGAAAUGGGUUUCCCUUUUCUCUGAAUUGGUUGAAAGGACUGGUAGGGAUGAUGAUUCGAUAAACUGUGUCCUUGUCUACUUGUAUGGGAAAUGCGGAAGGACAGACAAGAGCAGGGAAAGGUUUGACUGUAUCGUCAGUGAUAGGAAAACAAGUGUGCUUCCUUGGAAUUCUAUGAUAAAUGCUUAUGUGCAAAAUGGACAACCUUUGCUGGCUUUGAAUCUUUUCCGCUUAAUGGUUGAUGAUGAUCAUCCUUGUAAGCCCAACCAUGUCACAAUGGUCAGUGUGCUCACUGCUUGUGCUCAAAUAGGUGACCUCGAGCUUGGGCAAUGGGUCCAUGAAUUCUUGAAAAGUAGAGGAUGCAGAGGUGUUAUGGAAUCCAACAAAUUUCUGGCCACUGCAUUGAUAGACAUGUACUGCAAAUGUGGGAGUUUAGACAACGCAAAGGAGGUUUUUAGGAAGUUGACAACCAAAGAUGUCAUCUCUUUCAAUGCUAUGAUAAUGGGGCUUGCUGUGAACGGUGAAGGAGAGGAUGCAAUUCAUCUUUUUGAGAAGAUGCAAGACUUUGCUCUUUACCCAAAUGCUGGAACGUUCCUUGGUCUUCUAUGGGCUUGCAGCCACUCGGGAUUGUCCAAUAAAGGACGGAAGAUAUUCAAUGAUAUGAUUUCAGUCUUUAGAGUUCCUCCGAGGAUGGAACAUUAUGCUUGUUAUAUCGACAUUCUUUCCCGUGACGGUCAAUUGGAAGAAGCUGCCAGAGUUGCUGCAUCCAUGCCUUUUAAGCCUAACAAUUUUGUGUGGGGGGCAUUACUUGGAGGGUGCCUGCUUCAUUCCAGAUUGGAUUUGGCUCAAGAUGUUUAUAACAGGCUUGUUGAAGUCGACCCAAAUAGUUCUGCGUGCUAUGUGAUGUUAGCAAAUGCUUUGGCUGGUGAUAGGCGAUGGGAUGAUGUUUCUGUCCUAAGGUGGUUUAUGAGGGAGAAAGGAGUGAAGAAGCAGCCAGGGUCUAGUUGGGUCAAUAUCAAUGGCAUUGUCCAUGAAUUCGUGUUGGGUUCCGCAGCACAUCCUCAAAUGGCGAACAUAUACCAUACACUGCAUGGGUUGGCGAGUGAAAUGAGAUUCCUAACUUCUUAGAGACACAGAUAUCCUUAUGGACUAAUUGAAUCUUUAAGGUGAGUCAAAGGAGGAUUUCACAACCAGAUUAGCCAAGAAUACAGUCUACAGAGGAGCUGAUCCUGAAAGAGGGACCUGAAACGUUAAUUAAUGCUAGGACUUGCUGCAGAUGUAGAUUACAAAAUUUCAUGACAAUGCUUUUUGGUGGCUUACCUGCAAUAGGUUCUUUCCGAUUGCUGCAUUUACUGCUGAGCCAGUCAUAGGUGCUGGAGGCGUGAUAGCCCCUCCUGCAACAUCAAACCAGACCCUAGAUGGCAUUGGUGAAGAAGAACAUUCUAUUCAUUGCAAGUACGACAUCAAACCAGACCUAGUAACUUUGGCUAAGGCUCUUUCGUCAGCAUACAUGCCAAUUGGAGCAGUUAUUGUGCGUCCUGAAAUAAAUGAAGUGAUUUACUCUCAAAGCAACAAACUUGGUACAUCUUCUGAUGGAUUUACCUACUCCGACAAUCCUGUUUCUGUAUGCUGUGGCCAUUGAAGCCCUCAAGACAUACAGUGCCAGUCAGGGAAAGAAAUAUUCAUGGUCAUGUAACAAGCAUUGCGCCAAGGUUCCAAGAUGGACAACAACCAUCGACAUAUCGGACUAGGAUCCAUGGGAGUCAUCAUGCCUCGUCAUAGGUUAGACGAAUGACCUCUAUCGUUGUGUUUCUUUAACCUUUGUUCAGGUCAUGACUUCAUCCCUAUGAGGUUCAACUGUCAGCUGACAAUCCUUUUCUUCUCCUCCAUAUGUCUAGGAGGUAGUGAGUAGUGACGUCCAAGUUGUGUUUUGAUUUCGGUUGUGAUAUUGUGUAUAAUUU